AUGCUCUUUUACCCGAUUGCUCUUCUCGCGUCAUUCGUGGUAUCAAUCCCUCUCGUUUGGCAAUAUCCCUCCGCGUAUCGCCAGGUGAUCAUCCUGCACGUGCGUCCCACGAGCCUGCUGUACGGCGCGGACUGGGGCGCGUGGGAGGCGACGGACGCGGCGAAGGCGGCGGACCGCGAGAUUAAGGAGCGCGCGGAGGAGGAGUUCGACGCGCUGACGCUGGCCAAGGCGCGCGAGCUGGCGGAGCCGCUGAAGGCGGCGGGAAUCCCGUUCCGCGUGCACAUCGUGAAGGACCACGAUAUGAAGGAACGCAUCUGCCUCGAGGUGGAGCGUUUGGGAGGAGUGCAGCAGGCAGGAGGGCUGCCGAGGGUGCCCGGGGCACCCCAGGGAGUGCAGCAGGCAGGUGGGGAGACGGGGGUGCCCGGAACACCCCAGGGAGUGCAGCAGGCAGGAGGGCAGCCGAGGGUGCCCGGGGCACCCCAGGGAGUGCAGCAGGCAGGAGGGCAGCCGAGGAUGCCUGGGGCACCCCAGGGAGUGCAGCAGGCAGGUGGGGAGCCGGGGGUGCCCGGAGCACCCCAGGGAGUGCAGCAGGCAGGAGGGCAGCCGAGGGUGCCCGGGGCACCCCAGGGAGUGCAACAGGCAGGGGGGCAGCCGGGGGUGCCCGGGGCACCCCAGGGAGUGCAGCAGGCAGGAGGGCUGCCGAGGGUGCCCGGGGCACCCCAGGGAGUGCAGCAGGCAGGUGGGGAGACGGGGGUGCCCGGAACACCCCAGGGAGUGCAGCAGGCAGGAGGGCAGCCGAGGGUGCCCGGGGCACCCCAGGGAGUGCAGCAGGCAGGAGGGCAACCGAGGGUGCCCGGGGCACCCCAGGGAGUGCAGCAGGCAGGGGGGCAGCCGGGGGUGCCCGGAGCACCCGAGGGAAUGCAGCAGGCAGGAGGGCAGCCGAGGUUGCCCGGGGCACCCCAGGGAGUGCAGCAGGCAGGAGGGCAGCCGGGGGUGACCGGAGCACCCCAGGGAGAGCAGCAGCUAGGGGGGCAGCCGGGGGUGACCCGAGCACCCCAGGGCGAGCAGCAGGCAGGGGAGCAGCCGGGGGUGACCGGAGCACCCCAGGGAGUGCAGCAGGCAGGAGGGCAGCCGAUGGUGCCCGGGGAACCCCAGGGAGUGCAGCAGGCAGGAGGGCAGGGAGUGCAGCAGGCAGGAGGGCAGCCGAGGGUGCCCGGAGCACCCCAGGGAGAGCAGCAGGCAGGGGGGCAGCCGGGGGUGACCGGGGCACCCCAGGGAGCGCAGCAGCCAGAGGGGCAGCCAAGGGUGCCCUGGGCACCCCAAGGAGCGCAGCAAGCAGGGGGGCGAUCGAUGGACGACCAGGAGCAAGAGUUGGAGGAGUGGUGUCGACUUUUGGAGUUUGAUACCCCCAUGGCGACUGCGGAGGAGUCAGAGGCGGACGAAGAACCUCCCAUGCCGCCUUCCCCAUGCCCCCGCUUUCCGUGUGACACGUGUUUCCACACUUUCGCUACGCGAGGGGCCGCUGCGAACCACAUGAGGGUAUGCCGGGCGGCUGAGGCGGAGAGGCGUGCACAUGCUCUCGGCUCGAUUCCGUCUCUGGUGGAGACCGACACGCAGGAGCGAUCGACGGCGCGGGAAUUUGGGGACGAGGCGUGGGCUGGGGUUACGUCAUGGGAAUGGGAAACUUUUUUCAGUGUGGAGGCGGUUGGAGGGAGGACAGUGCGCCGGAUCCCACAGCGGGCCAGGCAUAGGUCAGAAGGCGCUGAUCACAGAGCGGUUGGGUGCGUUCUGGGAGGGGAGGUGGCGGGAGCUGUUCGACUCUGCCAUGGUGGCGGCGCGGCCAGCAGUUCGCCCACUUUCCUACACUUGCUCUGA